CUUCAUUCCUUCCAGCAUUUCCCCAUAUCAAGAACAGUAUAGCAACUUGGCAGCACUUCCAUGUAGGAACUAAGAAAGCGCACUGGAGAGCAAACCAGAGCGUCUUCACAUCCCAUGGCUCAGCCUCCAGGUAAACUGAUGGACACAAUCAGAAGUCCAGUCACAGCAGCUUCAUUGCUUCAUCAAUCAGCGGCAAAGCAUCUCCAGCCUCUGGUCACUUUGGCUCAGAGGAAUGGGACUGGGAGGAGGUACCUCCUCACUCUCCUGGCAUCCGCUGCAGCCAUACCCGAGGCUGGUGAAUCAAGAAAGGCACUGCUGCAAGACUACGUGAAGAAAUCCAAGGAAAAUAAAGAAAAGAAUGACAAGGAGAGGCUGGAUGACUACUACAAGAGGAAUUACCAGGAUUAUUUCGGCUUCAUGGAAGGGUCGGUUAGAGAGAAGAAAGAGGAAGAGCUCACGGAGUCAGAGAAAGGAAUUCUCGCGUGGCUUGACAAGAACAAAUAACUAUUGACCACUUGAGGAACAGGCCAACAGGGCAGCCAGAUAGCUGAAUCAGCUUUUGUAGAGGAAAAAACCUUCCACGGUGUAAUUCUCACAAGGGCAGAGUAGUACAACCAUGUGCUUGAUCUCCUACAUACGGCUUCAGGGCACAGUACGAGUCAUUUUGCAAAUAUGCCAAAAUUUCAUAAGUUAUAGGUUUCAGGGCAUCUGUUACAUACGGCUGAAAUUUGUACGAGAAAUGCGGAAUGUUCGUCCAACACAAAUUCCCAAUUCAGAACUGCAUUACUUUUUGUUUGUCAUGGCCACUUUUGGGCCCUCGAUAAGUCUAUCAAUGAAAAGCUGAACUCAAUGGACA